AUGUGGCUAAUGAACUGGAAGGUGAGGACCCUUAAUUUGUAAAACCUUGCAUGCUGCUUUCUAAACCAAAGAGCUAAGGAAGAAAUAGUUCUGCAUGUUUUGUGUGGAUGGAUGACUCUGUUUAACAAUCCUCGGUUUAACAGGAACAUAUACUUGCAUCCUCAAAUACCUGCAUUUUUCUAUCAUGUGAAUUCAUUGCUGUGCAAGUGUAGUCAGCCAGCAGUUGAGAAACAAGUUAAAAGUCUUAUAAUUUAAUAUUUUCAUCAACAGUAAAAAUAAAAUACAAUUAUUUACUGCAUGCAAUGCUGUUGGUUUUUGUUUGUUUGUUUGUUUGUUUUGCACCCAAGUUGUUUUUUCAGCUGCUGAUAGACUACAGUUUGUCUCAGUGGAUGAAUGGAUGCUUUAGGCUCUCUGGUCUUAUGCUCUAUGUCUGUGCCCUUUCCUAGUCCUGCCAUUAGACAGAUAAUAUCUCCAUUCCUGUGGGUUUGGUGCACGCGAGCCUCUCUUGCCACUUACCAGAAAAGAAUUUCACAUGUCUUGAACUACAGCAGAUGACAGUUUAAAAAAACGUGUGUAUGUGUUGUUGUUGUUUCCAUUUUAGGCACUGGAAAAUUUCCCACUGCUAAUGUACAUUUUAGCAGCUAAAACAUUAAUCCUUUGCUUAGCAUUUGCUGGGGCAAAAAUGUACCAGAGGAAAAGGCUUGAGGAGAAAAUGAAAAAAGAACAGGAGGAGAAGCUGAAAAGGGAAGAGAAAAAAGAAAACUGAAACGUCUUAAGAGGUAUGCUCUGACUGGAAAGAAUGCUUGAAGUGUUUCUUGUCUGACACCAUUCACCACUAUGUGUGUAAAGCAGCCUUCAGUAACCCGGUGCCCUCCAGAUAUUUCAGACUACAACUCCCAUCUGCUCUAGCCAAUACUGGCUGGGACUGGUGGGAACUGUACAUCGACAAAACAAAGAAGUACCGGUACCAUGAGAGCCAUACACUGUGAAUCAACCUGGGCCCUGCAGUACUAAUCUGAGGCCCUUCCUUAGGUGGUCCCUCCACAAGAGGCCCCGGGGGCAGAGAAUGGGCUUUUUCUGUGGUGGCUCCCCAUUUGUGGAAUGCGCCUCCAGGGAGGCUCAUUACAUGCCAGGCAAAACAUUUCUCUAUAACUAGGCCUUUGGCUGAUUGAACAUUCUAUGGCCUUUUAAAUGCGUUUGUAGGGGAGUUACUGGUUUGUUUUCGUUUUAUUAUGUAUUUGGUGUUCUCAUUUUGUAUUUUUAUGUUGUGCCCUGUGAUCCUCGGGUGAAGGGUGGAAUAAAAAUGUAAUAAAUAAUAAUAAUAAAUAUAAAACUUUGCAAAAUUACAGUUAGAAGGGAUUAAAGCUUUCCUUAAACUGUAAACAUUUUUCAAAGGCAUACACCUUUUGCCUGCCCUCUCACAAGCUCUUUUGUACAAGAUUGUAGCUUACGGGCCACCCACCUAUUCUCAGAUGAUGAUGAUGAUGAUGAUAAUGAUGAAAAUAAAUAAAUAAAUAAAUAAAUAAAUAAAUAAUUUUAUUUAUACUCCGCCCUUCCCGGCCAGAGCCGGGCUCAGGGCGGCUAACACCAAUAAAAUCACAGUAAAAACAUAAUGGGGUGGGGGAACCCUCUUUAAAAUACAGGUUAAAAUGCAAUUUAAAAUAGAGUGGUACGUGGUAUAUGCAGGUCUGUUUUGUGGCUGCCCAUCUCAAAAAAUGGAUCAUUAACCCUAGCAGGGGACAAGUUGGCUGAGAAGCAGCUGCAAGGGGGGGGGGAAUACCAAGUAGAGGAUUCCCCAACAUCUACCCCCACCCCCACUGCUGAUUCUCCUCUGCAGAUCAUAUCCUCUUGGCACCACUUUGCAGAUCCCAAUAUAUGAAGUGGUAGUGGAACAUGAAGUUCCAUCCUAAGGUGUGUUAUGACCUGGUGAAUCACACAGUCCUAACAGGAAUAUAGGAAGCUGCUUUGCAUUGAGUCAGACCAUUAGUACACCUGUCUCAGUAUUGUCUGCAUUGACUAACAGUGACUCUCCAGAUGUUCCCAGGAUUUCCUGGAGUGACCUGGGUGCUAAUCAGAUGAUCUGCCCCUGAGCUGUGGCCCUUCCCACAGAUGUCCCGAGGCACCCACAUGGGAAGACUGCUGCUGUUUUAAAAAAUAAACUACUGCAAAUAUAACUCUUUCUUUUGUGUGUGCAGAUCUGUAGCUGUUUGGCAGCUUGCUUGGAUUCCUUUCCUGGGAGAGUUGAAGACUUCACUGAAACCGAAUUCUGUGCCAGAGAAACUUAAUUCCCCAAGAGCAACGUGCAACAAGUGUGUUGGAUUUUUAUAUUAUUAUUUUUUUCUGGUAUAAGUAAGAAGAAUAUCCUGUCAGCUAUUUAUAUAAUAAAAGCUCUGUUUGUAAAACUGAUUUAGUGUUGCGUAUAGGAAAUGGUAUGUGGCAGGUUGCUAUGAUAGAAGGGAUUGUCUAAUGAAAUCUUUCCCUGAAAGCAAGUUGAGUUAAAUUGCUGACCUUCCGCAUUUUCCUCCCACGGGUUCUGAUCUAGCUAAAGUUGGGUAUGAAUCCCAUUGAGAACAAUUGGACUUGAGUUAGUCCUGUCCGAUCCACUGGUUUUCAAAGGAAUUUUGUUUGGAGUAGAAUAAUCAGCAAACUCGAAUUUUACAUUUGGUUUAAAAGGCAUCAUUUUCCUCCCCCAAAACAUUGUGUUUCAAACUCAGGUUUGAAAACUUAAGUAUGAAAAUCCAGCUGUCACCUAUCUACUUUUAACAACUUCCUUUUGCACUGCGCUACUUAGAUUUUGCUAUGGCUGCAAUCCUGUACACCUUACCUGAGACUAAAGUCCAUUUAAAUUAUUGGGUUUCUGAGUAGGUCUGUGAGGCUGCAGUCCUGUGCACUCCUGCUUGGAAUAAGCCCCACUGGACACAGUGAAACUUACUUCUGAGCAAACUUGCACAGGCGUGUGUUGUAUGCCUGAUUUCUGCAGGAGAGUUAAGCAUUUGUGGAACUGCUGUUGCUAUCUGUGGGACUUUAAAGUGUUUAACUGAAGCUGUUCUUCAGGUUUUCUUUAUAAAUUGUAAGGUUUGCUAAAAGGGGUUGUUUUUUUUAGGUUGCUUGAGUAAUUACAAUUAAAUUGAUGUCUGUACUAGAUAGUGGAUUUAACUAGGAUGUAUCAGGAAUGGGUUUUAUUCCUUUUUUUUUUUUUAGUAAGAAACACACUGGUUUAUUAUUAUUAUCACUGUUCAGAGCCAGGAUUGUUACAACCCAGUGUCAAAGUCUGGAGAAGGUUCCAUGCUGUAGCAAAAAGUUACUUUCAUGAAAAUGGGAAAACUUUGAUGAACCUUUUUAUAAUUCUGCUUAGUAAACUGCAGGCAAGGUGUAAAAACUGUGAGAAGUUUGAGCAACUGAUAGGGAAAAAUCUGCGUUUUACCAGCUCUGCCAUUGCUGUGCCUGUCUUCAACUGGCCAGAAGGCACUGUCUCCCUGUCGCUAUAAGCGGGAAAAGGGAUCCUCAAUUUAUUUUGUUUUGGUAACAGGUUGUAGAGGCCUCACUCUUUUUGAAAAACAAAAACAAACAAUCAAAAAGCCGAAGCCCUUAAGAAAUGGCAAUAGAAGCUACACAGGAAUAUCAUUUUUAGUACACAAAUAGUGUGAGGCCUAUAUCUAUCAAUCUAUGCUGCCAUCCUGUGGAAAUAUGGUGAACUGCUAUAACCGGCAAGACUGGAUAGCAUGAUUCAUGCUAAACAGAGACAAGUAUGCUUAGUUACAAAUGCAGCCCUAUAAAUGCUUGGCAGCAAACGUCACUGAGCUCAGGCAGGCGUACUUCUAAGUUAGCCCUGAUUGCAGAAGAGCUGUGUGCCCCUUCCAGUCUAUCUGCCUAUCUGCUCCUGCCCCCAAGAGAAUUCCAAAUGCCUAUUUUUGACCAGUCCAGCCGCCUAAGGCCUGCCAAAGCCCAUCAGAAAUUCAAAUAAAGAUGGGAGCAAUGUCUACAUCACUAUGUUUGUAUUGCUUUUCUCCUUGGAUUAAGAAACACACGAUAGAGUCUCUCUGCAGCAUUGUAGCCAGUUAGCUGUUCUGCAGCCAUGACCAAUCACAGGAUUUUGUUUUUAUUUUGAGGGGUGCAAAAUAAACGCACAUGCAUUCACACACACAUAAAUAGCAUCAGUGAACAUGCCUACUCUUUCUGGUACAUAUUUAUUUGUUUCAUACAAUUUAUAUACUGCUUGACUGUUAGAAACCAAACACUCAGAGCUUCGACAUCAAGAACAAGGGAAACUCCAAGUGCAUUUCAGUAAUCCAAUCUCUAAGUUCCCAAUAUAUGACAUAAACUUGAUGGCCUCCCCAAAGGGGCUGGCCAUUGAAUGGGAGAUAGCAUCUUUACUCAUCCAGCUCCUAGCUGAUGAUACACAGGUUGCACUUUCAAAAUAUUGAUAUGGUUCCUGGAUUAAAUUUUUUUGGACAGCUCCUUAUUAUAAUCCAUUUCUAUCUCAUCUAGAUUUCUAUUUUCAUUCAAAAUCGUGCAAACUAUUUGGGGAUGAGUAUUUUAGAAAGGAACCUGAGAAAAGGGUGUCUGGCGUUGGAUGAAACUCUGGCAAUUGGCUGUAGGUGGUUUUCAGAUGAAACCAUCGCUAAUUCAACAAGAAGAAUGGCAAUUUCACCAGCUUGUUCAAGUGCAAUGUGCUCUGCUGGCAGAACAUCAUAGAUAUUACUUGGCAUGAUUCUGUUAUUAGAUAUACAAAAUUAUAAAGCAUUUCCCAAAAUCUUGGAAAGUAUUUCAUGUGCAUCAUCUUAGCAAUCAUUACAGCACCUUGUAGAAUGGUCCUGCAAUGUCUCCCAACAUUAUACUUACAGCCUGAGAUUGAGAGAUUGGUAAAUGGAGUAGUCCCAAACCCCAACAAACCACCUUGAAGGUGCUGUAGCAAUCAGACCCUGUAUCAGGAUGUUAAUAAUGUUUGAUGCUUUGUUAUGUUUUAUAUAUUCUGUAAGCCGCCCGGAGUGGCUGGGGAAACCCAGCCAGAUGGGCAGGGUAUAAAUAAUAAAAUUACUAUUAUCAUCAUCAUCAUAUUAUUGGGGCUGUCUCAGGAUCUAGUGCAGGGGUCAGCAACCUUUUUCAGCCAUGGGCCGGUCCACCGUCCCUCAGACCACGUGGGGGGCCGGACUAUAUUUUUUGGGGAAAAUAAACGAAUUCCUAUACCCCACAAAUAACCCAGAGAUGCAUUUUAAAUGAAAGCACACAUUCUACUCAUGUGAAAACACGCUGAUUCCCAUACUGUCCGCGGGCCGGAUUGAGAAGGCGAUUGGGCCGCAUCCGGCCUACCCCUGAUCUAGUGGAUCCUAGGCAGUUUCAGCCCCUCACCACCCCUGGAGUGCCCCACCUAGGGAAUAUCUUUGGGCUAAAGCCUGUGGGAAUUCUUCUAGUGCCACUUCUGCCCACCUGUAUGUUUGGCAGAUGGAGCAGGGGACUCCACGCUGGAAGUAUGAUUCUGGUCUCGCUCUGUGGGUGAAGGCCAGUUUCACACUCUCCUCCCUCUGCAGUUCAGCUAAUCUUAUUCACUACCUUUUGUCUUUCUUGAGUUUCUGCAGAUAUGCCCUCCUCAUACCUAGAUUGAAUGAAAUCUCUAUUUGAAUGACACCUGUAAACCCAGCACCAUAUUGCUUAUUGUCGCCUUAAAACUCUUGCUUUUAUUCACCAUUGCUACUGUCGAUUUAGAAUUAUAACUCAGAAGGAGAAUCGAUGUGCACAUUUAGCAAAUCAGCUGGCCAAUUUUCAAUCAUUUUUAAAAAAUAUGGAUGGAAGAAAGUUUAAGUAAACUUAUCCAAGUAGUAGUUUUCCCAUCUGCGCACUUUGUUUACUGCUAUCUUCCACUUGUUUGGGCUCAUCUUCUCGAUUCCUUUCCCAAGCAGAUCACUGAAGAGGAUGCAUUGGUAUGAAUAGGUCUUCUCCAAAGUCAUCAGAGAGAACUCCUUUCUGUUGUUGAUAAUAAACCAUUUCAAAGAGGACCAGGCGGCAUCCAUAGGGUGGAGGUGGUUGUAGGGGAAAGGCACUGAGAGAAGUUCAUGGCCUGUGGCCUUGGCGACCUCAGGACAGCACUUGAUGCUUGAGAAAAAAGGGAGAGGUGUAAACUGCGGUUCGCUUAUCUCCACCUCCUGAGUGGACUCAUCAAUUUUCACUCUCGGCUGUCUUUUUUCUUUGACCACAAUGGCACACUUCCCAUAGGUUAUCGACAGGAAGUCACAGAGUUCCUGAAAGACAUCUUCUGGCUUGUCUAGGGGCAAGUCAUCCCUUAGAAACACUCUGUAUCUCCAUGGUACCCACCCUUGACUGUUGCCGGCGUGUACGACUGUCCAUAUAGGCCAGUUGAGGUCAUCUUCAUGAGGAACCUUUUCCCCUGUUAUUAGACUUUCUGAAAGAUCAGUUUCUCCUAAAAAGAUGGUGUUGUAGCCUGUAAGUUGCAACGCUCUUAGGGUUUUCAAAUAUUGCAGGCAUUGUUUCCUUGUACUAGCAUCGAGAGAAGUCCGGUGGAUGAUGUGCUUUAAAAGUGGGUUUACAAUGCGAAACAUCUUGUACCUUCAGGUGAAAUUGAAGUGCACACAAAGUUCUGAUGGUGUCCAGGACAAUGAUGAUCUCACAAUGGAUUUCAUUGCAUGUGUUAUUCAAUAGCAUCCUAAAAAAAACACAGCCUGAAUGAUGCAUUCACAUUUUAGCUGGGUAAACCAUGGAGAAAAACAAUUGUCAUGCAAUUGUAAAAAAAAACCCGAAUUGUUUUUAUUAACAGUGAACACAGUGUUUAUCGCAUAACUAAAGAGCUGCUUCUUUCGUUUUCAAAAUUAACCACUGCUGGUUUGACCAGCCACUGCUGUUUCCUUCAAUAUCGGCCAUUGUCUCUUAUCAAAAAAAGAUGGUCAAGGGGAAAAGGCACUAAGAAUAAUUUACAGAAAACAUCAUAAAUCACCCACCCACCCCACCACUAAAUGAGGAAUUUUGUGCAAAAAAACCAAACAAACAUCCACAUUGGGGCAGUUUCGCUCAACACUUCUGGUUUUUUUACAGUAGCGAAAAAAGGGAGGAUAAUGAGAGAAAUAAACUGAAAUACAGUGGUACCUCUGGUUACGUACUUAAUUCGUUCCAGAGGUCCGUUCUUAACCUGAAACUGUUCUUAACCUGAAGCACCACUUUAGCUAAUGGGGCCUCCCACUGCUGCCGUGCCGCCAGAGCACGAUUUCUGUUCUCAUCCUGAAGCAAUGUUCUUAACCCGAGGUAAUAUUUCUGGGUUAGUGGAGUCUGUAACCUGAAGCGUAUGUAACCCAAGGUACCACUGUAACGACCUAAAAACAAAUAUGUCACACGGAUCCUUGGAAACAACAGCAAUGAAAUGAACAGCAGCGAAAGCAUUACAAAUUGCAUAGAUCAGUGCUACUCAAACUUGUGGUCCAUGGACCUGUGCCAGUCCACAUGAGCCAUCAGUUGCUGGUCCGUGGCGACUCCACCACAGCCCAGUGUGGGAUGCUACAGGGGCUGAAUGUGAUACCAGUCUCUGGCACACUGGGAAAAACGAUUGUUGGUCCACUAUGUCAGAUAGUUUGAGAAUCUUUCAUCUCUGUUUGGAUCUUCAGAAACUGAAGGUCCUGAUUUGAUUUACUUAGCUCUGCCCCAUUUGUCUGGCUAGCUGGCUGGCUCAUUCCUAGCCAAGUUAUGUGAGACUUAUUACUGAAGUGACUGUAUACCUUCCCACAGUAGAAAAUGUUUAUCAAAAUAUGGAGCAUUCCAUAAGCCUGGAAAUUAAAAAAAUGCAGCCUGCUAUAGGCAACCAAGCCUAAGUGUGAGUUGUGCAUUUGCUGUUCACUGAUCCCUAUUGGAAAAGUACCGGGAUCAGAGUAAUAUGAACAAUUAAAGUUAAAACAGGUAAUGUGAGAAAUCAACCCCUUUAAUCAUUUUUUCCUCCAGCUGAGACAUGGAUAGAUUAUUCCAACAUUAUGGAAUUAUUUUAUGAAUGUGAUGUGAUUGUAAGAUUCAGGUGGCACAUAUUAAAAUGUGCAUGGGUUGUAUGUGUUUAGGCUUUCUCUGUACAGAUGCCAUCUGCUGCCAGUUGCCUGUACAAAGACUAUAUUUGUCCACAGAGCCAAUCUGGGCAAAGGUUAGGGGUGAGGCAGAGGGCACAGCCCUGCUCCCCUCUCCACAGUCAGCCUACUCACACAUCCCACACACCCCGAAUGUCUGUAAAUGGCUAUUGUCACAGAUGAUGCCUCCUGUGACAUUUAGCAAUCUUGUUAAUGUAUUGACGUAGUGAUACUGGUACUGAUCUUAAUAAGGCCAGUGAAGAUUCUUGGGUGGCAGAAAGGAUUUGCAAUGUUUUGUUUGUUUAUUUUUUGCAAAGGAUAUGGACUAAUAGAGUAUUGAAGAGGUGGAAACUGGGAGAUACUAGGGUUAUGAGUUUUUGGGUGCCAGAUCACUAUAAUCUCUGGACCCAAAAAGUGUUACAAUUUAAUUAAGGCUUGGAGUGCUAAAUUGUGUGCCUCAUACUUCUAAUCCCUGGAAGACUUAAAAGAUAAUUAAGACAGACUAGUUUUCCCUGAAGUGAUAGCCUGAGUAAUGGGCCAUUAAGACAAUAAAGGAUCAAAGAACAUGGUGUGAGAUGAUAAUUGGGAGGAGCCUCUCUCACGCACUGGAUAAAGCCAGAGCAUAGGGUAGAGAGUUAGGAGUUAGGAGUAAUGUGACCUAGAAGUAAUGUGAGAAGUAGGAGACUCAGAGCAACAUUUGAGACUAAUGUUCUGUUUGAAUCCAAGGCUGCGGCUACAGGACACACAAGACCCUUUUUGGCUAUUGAUGCUGUGUAGCCGUUCAUUGUAGGCUCAGAGUGUAUAUAUGUGUAAAUAAACCAUGUAUCCUAAAUAUACCACAGCAUGGGUCGGCAAACUAAGGCCAGUGGGCUGGAUCAGGCCCAAUUGCCUUCUGGAUCCGGCCCAUGGACGUUCCGGGAAUUGCCACGUGGAUCGCCAGCACGAGCGUUCUUUCCCUCUCCUUCCCUCUCCCUCACACAGCGGUGGCGGCUCCUCCCUCCCUCCUUCCUGGCUUCUCCCUGCCCUGCCUAGAGGAGGAAGGGGGCUGGGCUUUGUUGGUGCCAGCAGCAGCAGUGCUCGAGCGGCCGCCAUUUUAAGCAGCCCCUCUCUGGAGACUUUUCGCGCGCCGCUCAUCGUCCCUCCACCGCCGCCACCAGCCCCUGUCCUCGCAAGACACAGGUAAGCAGCCACCAGGGCUUGUGGUGCUCUUGCAUCAUCCCCCCCCCCCCAAAUAUAGUCCACCCCCCCAAGGUCUGAGGGACCGACCCCCUGCUGAAAAAGUUUGCUGACCCCUGUACCACAGUCUCUGAUGUGCCAAAAGGAAACAUGAACCCUUGGAUAAGCCCCUGGAACCUGUGCUGCUCUGAGAUUGGGGUGACAUAAAAACACUAUGUUCCAAAGGAGGAGGAAUUGAUUUAGUAAUUUGUCUUCUAGGCAUUUGAUUGCUCCAGAGAUCUCUGUUUUAGAUAAGGAACUUAGUUCCCACACCUACUUAAAUACAAUGCUUUUGAGUAAGUAUAAAUCAUCACAGCGUUUUAAGGCAGAUUAGUGUGUACAUGUCUACUCGAUAGUAAGUCCCACUGAGUUCUGGCCCUACCUGGAGAUGCUAGGAAAUUAACUAGGGACCUUCUGUAUGCGAAGCAGAUUCUCUGCCACUGAGUUAUCCCCACCAUCGUCCUCCAAAUACUCUAGUUGUGCAGAGUGUAAAAGUUAGAUGCUGGGAGUGGUGGCAAGACAUACGUAUUUCAGGGAUUAGGUGAACUGGAUGUACACCUGGCCCUCUUCAAAACAACUAGGUGGAUGAUGUGAUCCCACGCGACUCCCACAAAUAAGUAUAACCCACAACUACAUACCAUAGCGUUUAGGUCAAAGUAGAUAUUUUAUAUGUAGCCUGCCUUUGACUACUAGAAAAAGGCUGUGCUUUUGAAUGAAAUAAUAUGAAGGAGAUGGUGGUCAUAUCGAAAUUAACAUAAAGGCUUUUCCCAGAAGUACUAAGGGAAAUCAUUGUCAUUCAAUUGACAUAGCAAGCACUUCAUGAUAUUUUCCACUGCUUUGAUCAUGAGAAGGUGAAGGUGUUAUUACCCUUUCCCCCCUUGAAAAGCAUAUAGAGCUGAAAGACGAAGUUGGAAGUGUGAGGCUCUUUCCCACUUCCCUUUUCAGCUCCAUGUGUUUUUUCAAGGCCCAGAUUAAUUCUACAAGCUCUUACUUUUACCUGAUCCCUCGGAAAAACAAAUGGUGUGCCUGCACACUUUCGCUCUUUUUGUGUCUUGUGGGGAGAGGGGUACCACUUUACUUAUCAAGUACCAUUUUACUCACCUCCUGACUUCGUAUCACAGAUGUUAAUUCCCUCCUCUGCCUUGCCCCCAGCAGUCAAUAAUAGGAACUGGGAACAGGAGACUAGUCCGUGUUCCGGGUAGAGUUUAGGGCUUGUCCACACUUCCACUUGUGCUGUGCUUCUGAGCGGUUUUCCAUUUACCCUGCCACUUUCCCCAGGAAAACCAGCUCUUUACUGCUGAACUAAAGCAAACAUCAAUCUGCAGAAAGCCCAAAUGCUGUCUGGUCCAAUUCAGCAGUAAAGAGCGGGUUUUUCCGGUGGAAUUCACCAGGACAAGAAGAAUUGUGGACGGGCCCUUGGUUCUGCUCUCAAAUUGACAUGGGCCUUAGUUUAAUCUGAUUCUAGGUAUUGCUGCGUUCUGUGAGAUGGGAGACCUCAUGCUAGGGCAAACUUUUUUAUUUUAUUUUUUACACAUUAUCCACAUUAUACAUUAAAAAAAUAAAUAAUCCACGGAUCUUAAUGCCAAGGGCAAAAAAUGAAGGGUGCCCACAGGCCACAGCUAGAAGAACAAAUGCCUUCAUAAUGGCAUGAUGAAUAGCGUGAGGAAGGAUAUGGUUUUCUUCUUCUGUGAGAGACAUGCCAAAAAGGAAUAUAAAAGGAGCCGUACAAGUCUGAGCUUGAUUUCCCGUGCCUCAUCUGAAGGUUCAGGGCCUGAGCCGGAAAGCUGUUGUGUCACUCAGGAACAGACAUGUCCACUGUGAGCAAGAAGCUCGUAUAAGAAGAGGCUCGAUUAGUCCCACGCUUCAGUGAGUAACAGAAUCACCAGUGGUUAAAAAGAAGCUAUCGUGCUGCAUAUGAGGUCCACUUUCAUACGAUCUUCACCACCGAUUUUGCACUUGGAAGCUCAGUUGCUAUUGUACAGCUGUCAGUCUUUUGGCUCUGAGGGCUGGGUUCAGGUUUGACCUUCUGAGCAACCGCCGCUGGCAGUGUGGUUUUGCAGGAAGGUCUUUUCGCAUUUCCCUGAACGUUCUCGCGGUACAUAUAGUCCAUGUAAUUUUCCCGUGGCCUGUGUACAAUAUUGCUGAGCAUCAUAGAAAACAGGAGGAAGCCAAAAAACCCAACAACAAUCAGGAUGAACAGAGAAGCAGCAAUCUCCUCCUGUUCUUGAACAUAUGGGUUUGUGUAGUUACAGCACCCUCUUUUGUUCCUUUCUGUGAUAUAGGUAUAAACCAACUUCUUCAUCACAUACCUUACUUCAGUUGGGUCGAUAUUCAUUUUAUUAUCCACCUCAGGCUGCAAAAGGAGAGGGGGGGGGGAAAGAACAUUCAGUCUCAUGGCUGACAUUAGAACUCUUCUCGAUUGCAUCAAACAAGCGCAGCAACUAUUCGCAGACCAUUCUUUCUCAAAGACUUCCUUAAUGAGCUGAACUGCAGAUACAGCUUUAUUUCUGUGGCAACUAUAAUGAAAAUAACAUGGAUCCCAUUCACUUGUCAAACUGCUGCUACCAGCUGAAAACCAUUAGAUUACUUCAGUUUGCCUCUGUCCUUUGUGUCCAGUAUCUAACACAAUAAUAGAUUUAUGAUAAUUAUUUGUCUGUGCCCUAUGACAUCAGAAAGAAAAUAAAGCAGAAAAUCAAUCCGAUGCGGUAUCUUUGAUUCAUAAGCAGAAAUUCCGCUAUUUUCUACAAUGCCAGUGUUCCAUAUUGAAAUGUGUUGAAUGAGCUGCUUCCUUCUUUGUCCCUUAGCACCCACUUAACCUUCUCUCGCUAUUUUUUAAUAAAGAAAUUUUCCUAACAACCCAAGGUAUAUUUAUUUCUCAUCACCACCUGCUUUUCAGAUACAAGGAAUAUCCCAAUCCUCUACUCAUCCUUUUAUCUAACACCAUCCAAAUUAAUUAUGAAAUAUCCCCAUUUGUGCUAAGUGUGGAUCCAUAUGCACUGAUAACUCAGAACUAACAUGCAGGUUUUCAAACUACAGAAACCUAUCAUUCAUAUAUAUAUAUAUAUAUAUAUAUAUAUAUAUAUAUAUAUAUAUCACAGAUUUAGCAUGGAAACAAUGUACAGUUCCCAUAAAAGAUAUAAUUAUUAUUAUUAUUAUUAAAUUGGACUUACAGUAAUAUCAGCCAUGAGUUCCCUUUGGAUGACAGCAAGAGCCGUCAAACACAAGUCAAACUGCAGCUCCAGCUAAGCUUCUUCCACUGAGCCAUAUUAACCUAUUCCAUAUAUUCAAUGCCUUCCCCUCUGGUCUGUAGCAGCUGCUUUAUAUCAUCUGUUCUCCUCAAUCCCUUUUGGAGCUGGCUUUUGACUGUGGACAGCAAGGCAUUUCCUUCCAUGCACCUUUUUUAAUUCUUUUUUGUGUGGAGUCCUAAGGUGAGCUAUCAUUGGCCAUGUGAAGCUACAGGAACAUCCUGGAUGAUUCAGGCCUGCUAUUCCUGGCAACUCACCUUCCUCCUCCUCCUUUUGCAUUAUUAUGCUUUAAUGGCACUGUUUACUCUACCACAAAGCUUGUGACUGGUCCACCUGGAAUCCCAGCACCCAUUAAUAUUCAAAUGGUCCCUGUGAACCAUGUGUCGAAGGAGUGAGAUUUCCAUUUUAGGGAUAUUUCACAGUAACAGUCAUAGAAUUGCAACAGCAGCAGCGGUGGCUGGUGCAUGAACAUCGGGAAUGGCAGGCAAGGAGGCCGACAGAAGGAGGAGUCAGAGCCAGUCUCAGGUGGAACUAAUUCUAGUUUUGCAUCCAUCCCUGUCCCUGCUAAGGAAGAGGAAGCCGCUGCCCUGGACUGGCUGUAAGUAUGAAGAGAGGCAAGUGGAGGAAGGCAGAGUUUGGUUGGGCAGUACCUCAUUUGCCCUAAAGGACUAGCUACCAUGGAAUGGCAGAUAUUUUACUUAUUUAUUUCUUAAAAUUUAUACACCGCUUGAUUGUUUUUUUAAAAAAAGUUCUCAAAGUGGUUUACAGAGAGUAAAAAAUAACAUGACUUGUUUAAAAAUUUAGAAACAACUCUUUAAAACAUUCAAAAACAAUAAUAACAGCAGCGAUGAACUAAAAACAAAUUAAAAGGCACAGCAACAUUCUACAUGGAUAGCUCAGUUGGUUGGAGCGUGGUGCUGAGAAUGCCAAGGUUGCAGGUUCGAUCCCCAUAAGGGGCAGCUGCACAGUCCUCCUGCACUGCAGCGGGUUGGACUAGAUGAUCCUCUGAGUCCCUUCCUACUCUAUGUCUGGGUAGGCUGGCCUCAAUAUGGGCAAUACUGUAUACAUUUCCCCCGUAGCUGUAAUAAGCUGUAGCAAGAAUAAACCCCUCAUCCUGUCAAGAGAAUAUAAAACUAGAAGCUGCCUCACUCCAGACCUUCUCCUGCCAUAAAUCUUCUACUCAUCCAUGGCAUUGCACUAGCAGUAGUGAAGACUUGCCACAACGGUGUACACUUGCUGGGGAAGGUGGAAGAGAGAUAUAGACCUGGAGAAGAGAGAGUUGGAAGAUUUGGAGGGCUGGACAGAGUGCGUUCAUCCGAGAUUGCAGAGUUGGUGGUUAGAAAGGAGGGUAGAAUGGGGCUGGGGGUUAGGAAUGUGGAAGGAGAAGUGGGGUUUGGGGUUACAACAGGGAAGGGGUGGGGUUGGGGCCAGGAUGAUGUAAGGAAGUGAGAGAGAGAGAGAACAGAGUGAAUACGUGCAGAAGGCAUUUCUCACACAAUCCAUCUAUUUGUGUACGUUGUUAUGUACAAAGAUACUGCACAAAUUUGUCAGCCAAAAAGCCGGGUCCAGGCAUUUAGUUGCAGAAUAAAUAAAAGAACAUUGAAAAGCAUAGCAUCUCAAAUGAGAUACUAUUUUAGUAAAAAAUAGUAUCCACGUCUUACUAUUUUAGUAACACUUACCUAGACUUUUGUAAGGAUGGAGAUAAUUGUCUUAUCUUUGGUCAGGAAUCAAUUAUGUAUUGUGGUGCAAAUCCUCUCAAUGCUUUCUCUUGCUGAAAAGUAGAAUACAGUUUGUGAAAAUCAGGAACGCUCUCAAGGUGCCACAAACAGCCACAGGAUUUUAAUUCUUGUUCUGUUGAACGAUCCCAAUCCCAUUCAGCAUAAUUAAGACGGAGGAGCCACAGUUCCUUCUCCAAGCUGCCUUAUCAUGUGGAGAUCUUGAAUAUUACACCAGCGUAACAAGAGUGGUGCCAAUCCCACAUGCUUCUCACAAUAUUCCUGAGCGUUUUAGACAGAUUGCUAGGCUACACAGACUCUGUGCUAACUAAAGCUAGAUUCUCUGGCGAGACAUCAAAACUGAAUUCACCAUCAUUACAAUAACCAGGAAGUCUGUUGUGCUGGUGGAAAGAGGGGGAAUGGAACUGAAUUUUCUGCAUAGAGCUUGUAAGAGCAUGUUUUAGUUGCAAAUAUGUAAUUGCUUACAGCCAGACAGGCAUAAUUACAUUUCAAUUACCUAGAGCUGAGCAAGAAGUGUUGUUUCCCCACCACUACCCUCCAACUUACCUUCUUCUGCCCUGUCUCUGAAGCAUUAUCUUGAAGCCAUGUCAAUAUAAGCAAAAGAGCAAGGAGAAAUGCUUCCUUCCCUCACUCUGAGUUCUUCUAUAUAGGAAGGAACAGCAGCACCGCCUGCUGUGGCAGUGGCGUAGUGUGGGUUGUCAGCACCCGGGGCAAGGCAAGUAAUUUGCGCCCCCUAACCCGUGGAUUUGCGCCCCCUAACCCUAACCCCCAGAUGUUGCGCCCGGUGCGGCCGGCCCCCCCUGCACCCCCCACGCUAUGCCACUGUGCUGUGGGACAUGUGAACACUUGGUGCCCCUGAGGUGGAAACUUGGUCCUUUGGAUUCCAACUCAAAAUAACCGAAAUGUUUCACAGCUUGUGGCCGUGGGAGGCAAGGGAUGAAUUUGGGUGUGAGGCAUUUUAGCCCUUCUCAAGGAACACAGGAACUGCCUUAGAGCAAGACAGACCAUUGGUCCAUCUAACUCAGUAGACUGGUGGACAAUGGCUCUCCAGUUUUUCUGACAGUGUCUUUCCCAGCCCUACCUGCAGAUGCUGGGGGUUGAACCUGGAACUUUCCUCAAGCAAGACAUGUGCUCUGCCGCUGAGCUACAGGGUCCUCUUCUACAAUUCACUCUUUGGGGUUUUUUUAGCCUGCACAGUAAAAUUAUAGCAGGUGAUGGUGAGGCGAUACAAUCUGUUAUAAAAACUGGAGAGCUAUUUGUUUGGUUUUUUUUAAAAAAAAUAAUAUAUGUACACUGCUUUUAAACAUUAAAAAAAUUCUUCUCAGAGUGGUUCACACUAUAUAGAACAACCAGCAAAAGACCAACAUAAAUCCAGCAUAAUAAUGUUGAGCAAGUCAUGUUGAUUACUAGUGGACCAGCACCUAGUCUGGGCUUGUCAGCUCCUUUUAAGUUGUGUUCACCUUUAAAGCAUACAAUGCAUCUUCACAGAGCUUCCAUUGCCAGGAAUCCCUAACAAACUACAAUGCCCAGAAUUCUUUGAAAGGAGAAAAUGUGUUUUGAAUGUGCACAGCCUUGCAUUCCCUUUAGAAGACUCCACCCUGGUAUUGUUUACUGCUUGUUUACAGCAGCUCAUUGCGCUGCACACUUAAACGGCUUACCAGCUCUCCACAUAUGCAGUGCAUAAUAAUAAUGAUAAUGAUAAUAUAAUAAUAAUAAUUUAUUUAUACCCCAUCCAUUUGGCUGGGUUUCCCCAGCCACUCUGAGUGGCUCACAAUCGUAUUAAAAACACGACAAAACAUCAAACCUUAAAAACUUCCCUAAACAGGCAUGCAAGGGGGUGGGAGAAAGUCAAGAGUGAGGCUGUAGCAUGCAAAACUGCAGAGGAGGAAAAGAAAGUUUGGGGGAAUAGAAGGAAAGAGAGGAUACACCAGCCAUGUGUGAGGGAAGGAAGAGAAAUAAAUAAGGUAUCUACAUGGGUUUUUGUUUGUUUGUUUGUUUGUAAGUUGCUUUGGGUUGCCUUGGGCAAGAUAAAGCAACUUACACAUUUAAUACAUUUAUUUUUUUUAAAAAAAGAAUUGAAUGAAGAGAAGGAGGUAGAAGGGAUGAAUGGGCUGAGGGAAAGAAGUGGAGAAUCCCACCAUGCUGGGCCUGUUGGGCCUCCUGACCCCUCUGCUUCUCUCCCUCUUCCUCUCCCUCCCUCCACAGUGGAUGCUGGCCCAUUAGAGUGAAUGGGGGCACUGCCACACCAAUCUGAGACUACCCUUAGCCAUCUCCCACCUGCUGAUCUUCUUACUUAUGACCAGUCAAGGGGCUCCUCUGCCUGUCAACGUCCUCCUCCGUAGCCUCAGCGUUGUGCUUGUAGAACUCAGCAGGGGGAAGCAGGGCAAUAAAACUAGAACUAGUUGGCUCUGCCUGUUACUGGCUUUGGUUCCUCCUCCUGUCAAUUUCCCUGCCUCCCGACCUACCAGUCCUAAUGGGCAUCAGCCACCACUGUGCUCACGCUUGUCCAACUUUCUUAUCAUUAAGGAGCUUGGUGUGGGGGGUGGGAAGGCUAGAGAGAAUUUUCAUGGAAAUUAGAAAGUGGGGAAAAUUUUAUAAGUUGCUAUUAGCAGUCAAUUGGGAAUAGAGAGGAAGGACACUGGGGAAGGAAGCUGUCGAAGGAUUGCCAUAUUUUGAAGAGCAAAAAGCAGGACACAUUUGCCGGCUUUUAUUUUUAACUAUGGAUCACUAUGACGACUCUCAUUUUACAUACCCAUGAAAAAGAGGACAUGUCCUGGAAAAAGAGGGCAGGAAAAAGUGAAUAUAAAAGAAACAGGGGAGGAAUAAAAGCAAUUGGCAGUUUGGAACUGGGAAUAGGGUAGAUGUUUCUUAUCCUGGGGUUCCCAAAAAAAAUAUGGAGAUUUUUUUAUUCCCUGCCCCAUAUGCCUGCCAAUAUUUAUUUUACUCAUGUCCUGUUUCCUUUCACACUUAAUAACCAUUAAUGUGUGAUUAAUACAAAAUUUGAUAAAUGCGCUUACUAGGGUGUAAGCUCCACUGCAGGCGGUGGUACUUACUUCUGAGUAAAUGAAGACUGCACUGUUAAGAGUAAAAUACCUUCUGUUGCUGUAGUGAAGAAUUAAUUCUUGGUACAGCACACAUACAGAGCCCUGUUUUGACUUGAAUUUGUAAUCCCUGGGGCUUUUCUUAUCAUAGCUUCAGCUCAAACUGAGUAGCGAACAAUACCAGAAAAUAAAUACUUUUCCUUUGAAACCAACAACUCUUAAGAAUAAAGGAAACGAGUGAAGUAACAUUUACACAGAACCAAUAGAAACUCCAAUGAUAUGUGCUGCAGUGAUUUCCAGCAUGUUGUGGUGAAGUGAUCAACAACUCACGUGUUGGUGGAAUUAUAUUUAGUGAUGGUGGUUAAUUGAGACUAUGUCUCUAAACAAAAUCUGUAUUUCACAAAACUGGAGGUAUUGCCUCCUAGAUUUGGAGAAAUAAUUGUGUAUUAUGAAUUUUCACCAAAAUGAUCAGAGGAUGGGAGAAAAGUACCACUGAAUAUCAAUCUUAAACAUACCGUAUUAAACAAUAUGUUUAAUAUUGUUGUGAGGGGUGUAUUUUUCGUAUCUGAACACUUACUGUUUUACCUUAUAGUAACUAAGUGCAAGCCACACUGAAUAGCCACCCAGAAUAACUAUCUGAUCAGGUCUCUGCUUUAAUUAGAUAAAAGUUAAUUACUAAAUCCCAUCAGGCCUAUUCCCAACCAUUACUGCAUGACUCAAGAUACUGGGUGAGCUCAUACAUGAAUGCUUAUAACUUAUCCCAUUUUUUUUAUCCUACUUCUCUAAAUGUGGAAACAAAGCAGCUAGAAAAACAAAAACAAACAAAUGAGGGUAUGGUUUUUUUUAAAAAAAUAACAAAUAGAAAAUAGCAACAGCAAUCUAUAAUAAUUAGCAGCAAUAUAAAGAGCAAAAAGGCAAUCAAAAAUGAUUAUCUCUGCAAUGUAUGCUAUUGUAACCUUCUGUUACAACAAAUAAGUUUUUUAAAAUUGCCUAAGGGUACGUGAACAGAGAGGUCAAUAAAUAAUUAUAAUAAUAAUAUUUAUUUAUUUAUUUAGUUAUAUGCUGCCCAUCUGACAGCACUGCCACAGAAGAAAAUCUCAGGGUUUCUACAGGUAACAGACAGACUUGGAAUUAAGCUGUAUAGCAGGCUUCCUCAACUUCGGCCCUCCAAAUUUUUUUGGCCUACAACUCCCAUGAUCCCUAGCUAGCAGGACCAGUGGUCAGGGAUGCUGGGAAUUGUAGUCUCAAAACAUCUGGAGGGCCGAGUUUGAGGAAGCCUGCUGUAUAGGACUUUAAAAAUCAACACCAGCAUUUUAUAGUGAGCUUGGGAGUGAACAGCUAAAGCAUUGCAGAUGGUAUCAAAUCAGUGUAGUGCCCAUUUCAGGUAUUCAUAUGUUGCUGUUCCAGGCAUAGCCCUUAUGGAAAACCUAGCUGCCAUCCAACAACAUUCUUGAAACUGCAUUUUGUACCAAUUAUGGUUUCCAAAGUGUCUUUAAAGCCUACUGUGUGUGAAGAGCAUUGCAGUAAUUCAGACUGGAAGUAAUUGCUGCACAACUAACUGGCAGGAGGAGGGAGAUAUCUCCAGGUAUGGUGACAGUUGGCCAAGCUGGUAAAACGUGCUCCUGGCCACUUAAUAGCAAGGGGCAAUACUGAGUCCAAGAGCACCCUCAAGCCACUUGAUUCUUCAAGCGGAAGUGAAACUCAGCAUAGGACCUGAUUGUACACUGUCUCCAAGGUCUACAGAGCCUAACCAAAAGCAGGUUUGGUUCGUCUGGAUUAAGUGUCGGGUAAAUUGCCCAUAGCAACUGGUUCCAGACACCUGUUCAGACUUUUCAGCACCUCACCAGGCUCAGUUUAUGUAAAUGAGAGGUAGAGCUGCAUGCUGUUGGCACACUCAUAGCAUUUCAGUCCCAAAAGUGCACGUACUGUUUUUCUUAUUGCUUCAAGCACAAAAUGUUCUAUAAUGGAAGUUCAUGCAUUCCCCUACUGGAAGUCCUCAAGGUACAUGCAUAUAUCCACCUGAGCAGUUUUCCAUACCAAGAAGAGCAUUUUGUUUGAACACACUUGGAUUAAAAAGAAGCAUAAAAUCACAGUGCUGCAUCUUGUGUGAGAACCUGCAAUGCGCUUAGUGCAUCUCAAGUAUUUUCUGUGAGGGAAACAUCUCAUGUAACUCACUUUGUUUCAGUGAGAAGACAGUUUUACCUCCUCUCACUUGUUAUGUUUUGUCACAAAUUUCAACAGAGAGCCAAUACCUGUCAGGAAUUUAACUUUGAUAAACCAGAAAUAUGAGAAAGUAAGUGCAUGUAAAUGCAUAUAUAACUGUCCCUUAUAAUUUCAUCAAAUUUAAGAUCUCUGAGAGGGGGACAGAAAAAGAUAACAAAGAAAAGUCAUUUCUUUUUCUUCUACCCUCAUGAGUAUCUUUAAAAUCUGAAGCAAGUGCAAAGUCCACUUAAAACAAGGCAUAUAAAGUACUGUAGUAUAUAGAUUUGAUUAAUGUACUUACAUGUCAUGCCUAUCUAUCAGAUGUGAAGCAUUGUCAUCCCUGAAGUAAAUUUAAUGCAAGUCUUAGGAUGGCUCUGAGUAGAGAAUAUAAGAAGAGAGGAGUGACCUCUUUUUCCUUAUGACAAGCAAAUGUUCAAGGAAGUGGUUCAUGUGAGGGAAGUCAAAAUCCCAAGCAGACUUACUCAUAAUAAGAUCCAGUGAAUAUCUGUGAAGUGGAAUCAUUGUCAAUAUUUUAAACAAUUUCCCCCAAAAUUGUCAUAAGAUUGUUGUUGGUUUUUAGGGCUGCAAAACCAGAAGCCGUAAUAAAACUGAAUUAUUUGGUCUUGCUUUACAGGUAUCAGGCAAGUAGGUUCAUCGGUGGCAUAAUAUCCAACUUCAUUUCCUCCAUAUGGGAAAUGUUCCGGCCCAAUGCAGAACUGUAGCUGUAGAUUAUUGCUUAACAUGGGAAUUCAUCACAAGGAAAAUAUUAGAUGAUUGAGCCAUAGCUUUCUGCGGUAGAUGUUUCUAUCUCCCUCAUGUAAACAAGUACUUUCAUGAUUCUUACUUUUACCUCAGGGCAAAAGAGUCACCGAAAAGGAAGAAAGGGGCAUUGUUAUACUACUUUAAGAUUAAGUAACUCCAUGAUGCUGCUUCCUGUUACUAGCUUUUCCUGCUUCUCGCACUGGGCAUGGAUUUAAUUUCCAUAUCCCUCAAGUGUCAUAUCAGUGCACAUUACACCACUUUGUUUAUACACCCAUUUCAUUACUAACUCACAGCACAGUUUACAACAUUUAUUAAAACUAGACCUAUUUCCCACAGAACCUGAACAGAUUUCUGCUCCCUGAGCUACAAAACUUUCUAUGUUUACAAAGGACCAAACUGCAGGUUAUAUUAAAAGAGCUUUUAACUGACGUGCUUAGAAAAAGCAGCUGUGUAUGCAUAUGUGUGUGUGUGUCAGUUGUGAUCAGUGAUCCUGGAGUGCAUGAGAGGGAUGUGGGUGAUGCUGUGGUCUAAACCUCUGAGCUUCUUGGGCUUGCCGAUCUAUGAUCAGCGAUUUGAAUCCCUGUGACGGGGUGAGCUCCCAUUGCUCUGUCCCAGCUCCUGGCAACCUAGCAGUUCAAAAGCACCCCAGUGCAAGUAGAUGAAUAGGUACCACUGCAGCGGGAAGGUAAAUGGCAUUUCCGUGCGCUCUGGUUUCUGUCACGGUGUCCCGUUGCACCAGAAGCAGGUUAGUCAUGCUGGCCACAUGACCCAGAAAGCCGUCUGUGGACAAAUGUUGGCUCCCUUGGUGUGAAAGCGAGAUGAGUGCCGCAACCCCAGUCGCCUUUGACUGGACUUAACCGUCCAGCAGUCCUUUACCUUUUUACCUUUUACCUCUUCCCUACUCCCUUUGCACCUUUCCCCCACAAAAAAUAUCCCCUGGGAGCUGUGCUCUCUGAAGGUGCUCUUUGCAGCCCAGCCCUCUCCGUGAAAGGUUGCUGUUUCUCCAUGUUAAACCAUUGCUACAUACAUUUUCUGCCUCAGUGUAGUUCCAUGAAGAGUCAGGAACUGCUGGCUCAUUAAGGUCUCCAUAACACACUAGGAUAAGGUACGAAUCCAUCUCUAUAUCUUAUCUACUUAUUUCAUAAUACUUCACUUCUACGCAGUUCUCAGAACUGUUUGCAUGUUCAUCUAGCUUCAUGUUGAUCUACAUUUGUGUAGUUGGUUGGUAGGUGAGGCUUGUUGGUGAUGCACCCAUGGGGGCUGCCUGGUUGUUGUUGAUCUGACAGGCCAUCUCGGAGGUGGUUCCCCAUUUGUGGAAUGCUCUUCCUGGUGAGGUAUAUCUUUCUCCAUUCCUCUUUGUCUCCAUUCCUCUUUGUCCAGUCAUUUGGUAGCUGAACUAUACUGUUUGUGGCAACCCUGAAAUCAUUGACUGAGAGAAUGAAAUUGUUUUUAACAGUUUUAAUGAUUUUUUAAAAUGAUAUUUCUGUUAAUAUGCUUGCCACCCUGGAUUGCUUUGGGAUGAAAAACAGGAUAUAAAGCAAACAAAUAACAAUAAUAAAUAGCUUCUAUACAUUUCUACUGUGGCAUGGACAGGCUUAGUUUGACUGAAAGUGCUAUUCAGGUGAGAUGCAUCAUAUCAUCCAUUUCACAGCAAUAAAUUCUGCAAAAUCUGCACAAGUUUCUACAGAAUUUCAAACAUUUGGCAUAGAGACUGAGGUAACACAUGAUAGAAGUACCUUGGAUCUGUUGGGAGAAACUGAGAAAAUUCCAGAGUGGAAAAAUUUCCCUCUCCAUUCCCUGAAUGCCUUACAUUAUGUCUGUAGGUCUUGUGACUCGUCAACAGAUGAAUGAAGUCUGCAAGGCAAGUAUUGUGGCCAUUCUGGUGCCUGACUCUCCCCAUCCUAAAUUUUGUAAGGACUACACAGGCCAAUUUAACAGGUCGCUCAUGAGCUUGUAUGCAUGGCUGAUAGGCUGUUUGCCCAGUGGGUCACAAAUUGUGCGAAAUCACUUGCAUAUGCUUUUUUUCCACAAUAAUCUGAUGCUCUAACUUAAUUAUGACAUUUCUAUGAUUUGGACUGUGCUCUCAGAAAGCAUCAGCUGUGCCUCAUGGAAAAGUUGACAAUGACUGAAUUUUGUGGACUAAUUUCUAGACAGCUCUCAUUUCUACCUCUGGAUAUUUUUUAAACCAGAAAAUGACCUACUGAUACAAAGAGAUGGUUCUUUUUACCUUUUUGAUAUGAGUGCCUCUUCCUUCCUUGUAUAGAUAGAGAUGGAGCUAAAUGUAAGUCCCCUGGAAUGGAAUUCCACAGGUAAAAUAAACUUGUAUGAUUAUCUGAAAAUAUGUUAAAUUGUUUUCUAUAUGAAGCUAAAUGCGUUAACACCUGUAGUUUUCCCCAAUAAAUUUCCUCAAAAUUUAGUCUAUACUAUGCUUAUUUAAAUGUUCCUCUUGGCUAUUUUCAGAAACAGCAGAUAA